AAUGUCAACAAUCACACAAAAUUCUUGAUGCAAAUUAUUAGUUUUCUUUCCUAACUCCAAUGGGUUUAUUUUCUCUCUUUCUGGUUACACUUUCUCUUCUAACAUCAUAUGCUGUUUGCCAACUUCAAGAAUUUAUCAGUAUUGACUGUGGAGGCACAAGCAACUACACAGAUACAAGCACAGGGCUUUCAUGGAUUUCAGAUUCUGAGAUCAUGAACCAUGGCAUGCAAGUGGAAAUCCAAAAUCCCAAUGGAAACAAGGUUCAGUACAAGAGACGCAGAGACUUUCCUAUAGAUAGCAGGAAAUACUGUUAUACACUUAGCACUGAGGAGAGAAGAAGGUAUCUGGUAAGAGCAACGUUUCAGUAUGGAAGCUUGGAAAAUGGAGACACAUACCCUCAGUUUCAGCUCUACUUGGAUGCAACAAAAUGGGCUACUGUGUCAAUAUAUGAUGCUUCAAGAAUAUAUGUAAAGGAAAUGAUCUUCAGGGCACCCUCUAACUCAAUUGAUGUUUGCAUGUGCUGUGCUACAACUGGUUCUCCCUUCAUAUCUACCCUUGAGCUUAGACCCUUGAAUCUUUCUAUGUAUGCCACUGAUUUUGAGGAUGAUUUCUUCUUGAAAGUGGCUGCAAGAAUUAACUUUGGUGCUCCAAGCGAGGAUGCUGUAAGGUAUCCAGAUGACCCAUAUGAUAGAAUUUGGGAUUCUGAUCUUAUUAAAAGACAAAAUUAUCUUGUUGGGGUAGCCUCAGGCACAGAGAGAAUUAACACAACAAAGAACAUAGACAUAGAGACAAGAGAACAUCCACCUGUUAAAGUGAUGCAAACUGCAGUUGUUGGCACAAAAGGAGAACUUAGUUACAGAUUAAACCUGGAAGACUUCCCUGCCUAUGCUAGAGCUUACGCGUAUUUCGCGGAGAUUCAAGAUCUGGGUAAGAAUGAGACUAGAAAAUUCAAAUUGGAGCAACCUUAUAUAGCUGACUAUAGCAAUGCAGUGGUGAACAUAGCUGAGAAUGCUAAUGGGAGUUACACUCUUUAUGAACCAAGUUACAUGAAUGUGAGUCUGGAUUUUGUUCUUUCAUUCAACUUUGUUAAGACCCGGGAUUCUACUAGAGGACCUCUUCUAAAUGCAAUGGAAAUAAGCAAAUACUUACAAAUUGCUUCAAAGACCGACAGGCAAGAUUCAAAUGUUGUAAAUGCAUUUAGCUCCUUGUCUUCUGAAAGUGUGCUGAAGAACGAAGGCGAUCCUUGUGUUCCAACACCCUGGGAGUGGGUAAAUUGUAGUACCACUACCCCUCCUAGAAUUACAAAGAUAAACCUGUCAAGAAGGAAUGUGAAGGGUGAAAUCCCACGUGAGCUCAACAACAUGGAAGCAUUGACAGAGUUGUGGUUAGAUGGCAACUUGCUUACUGGACAACUACCUGAUAUGAGUAAUCUUAUCAAUCUAAAGAUUGUCCAUCUAGAGAACAACAAAUUGACUGGUCCACUACCAUCUUACUUGGGUAGUUUGCCAAGUUUACAAGCACUGUUCAUACAGAAUAACUCAUUUAAUGGGGAAAUACCAGCAGGGUUAGUAUCUGGAAAAAUCAUUUUCAACUAUGAUGAUAAUCCUGGACUACAUAAAGGGAACAAGAAGCAUUUUCACUUGAUGCUUGGAAUUUCUAUUGGAGUACUAGGGAUUCUAUUCAUAUUGUUCUUAACAAGUUUGGUGCUAUUGCAUAAUCUGCGGAGAAAGACAUCUCAACAGAAACGUGAUGAAAAAGGUAUUUCUGGACGCAGUAGCACUAAACCUCUAACUGGAUACUCAUCUGCUCGGGGUGGGAAUUUAAUGGAUGAAGGUAUUGCUUAUUAUAUGCCGCUUUCAGAGUUGAAAGAAGCUACUAAUAAUUUUUCAAAGAAAAUUGGCAGAGGAAGCUUUGGAUCAGUCUACUAUGGGAAAAUGAGAGAUGGAAAAGAGGUGGCAGUUAAGAUUAUGACUGAUCCAUCAAGCCAUGGGAACCAGCAAUUUGUGAAUGAGGUAGCUCUCCUAUCAAGAAUUCAUCACAGAAACUUGGUUCCUCUGAUUGGAUAUUGUGAAGAAGAAAAUCAGCAUAUUCUGGUUUAUGAGUAUAUGCACAAUGGCACUUUACGGGAUCACAUUCAUGAAUGCUCAAAUCAGAAGCAAUUAGACUGGUUAGCUCGACUUCGAAUUGCAGAAGAUUCAGCUAAAGGUCUUGAAUACUUACACACAGGAUGCAAUCCUAGUAUCAUUCACCGAGAUGUAAAGACAAGCAAUAUUCUCCUAGACAUCAAUAUGAGAGCAAAAGUUUCAGAUUUUGGACUCUCAAGACUAGCUGAAGAAGAUUUAACUCAUAUAUCAAGUGUUGCACGUGGAACUGUAGGCUACCUGGAUCCUGAGUACUAUGCAAAUCAGCAAUUGACUGAAAAGAGUGAUGUAUACAGUUUUGGAGUUGUUCUACUAGAACUGAUAUCUGGAAGAAAACCUGUUUCAUCAGAAGAUUAUGGUUCCGAAAUGAAUAUUGUUCACUGGGCAAGAUCCUUAAUUCGUAAAGGAGAUGUAGUAAGCAUAAUGGAUCCUUCCCUAGUUGGGAAUGUCAAAACUGAGUCAAUUUGGAGGGUAGCUGAAAUUGCCAUGCAAUGUGUAGAACAACAUGGUGCCUCAAGGCCAAGGAUGCAAGAAGUCAUUUUGGCUAUACAAGAUGCUUCUAAGAUUGAAAAAGGGACAGAUAGUGAGCCAACAUUAUCAUCAUCUUCAUGUAGUUCAAAACCACAAUCUUCACGGAAAACUUUACUUACAAGCUUUCUUGAAAUUGAGAGCCCUGACUUGUCAAAUGGUUGCCUCCCUUCAGCAAGAUAAUUUUUUUUUUUUUUGCUUUUUUCUUUAUCUAAUCAUAGUACCUUAUGUGGGUAGAUUUUGUACAUUACUUGUCAUUAUUUUCCUUCACCUUUUUGUCAAUGGUUACACUAUUAAUAUGUUUAUACCACAGUGACACUCACUGACUAGUGACAAGAUGCCUUCAAAUCUUAGAACCUAUGAAACUGUAAUAUUCUUCAUCUGCAUGUGGC